AUGAACAGGAUCCCUACGGCGGAUGCUUUGAGUAAAAGGGGGAUUGUGGUGGGAGAUGGGCUGUGUCCUCUUUGCAAGUCGGAAGCCGAGUCGGUGGAUCACCUCUUCACAUCGUGUUAUGUGGCGGUCAUCCUUUGGCAUAAGGUUAGCCGAUGGUGUCGAAUCCCUCCUAUUUUUGCGUUCUCUUUUAAAGAUUUGUUGGAAGUGCACAAGUCGAACCAUGUUAAGAUCGCUGAGAAGAUGAUUGUUCAAGGUGUUGUGUACUCGGCUUUAUGGUGCUUGUGGGCGGCUCGGAAUAAGGGGAUUUUCUCGGGUGUUGAGGUCAAAGUGGAGAACAUUUUUUGUGAGUUAAAGUCCCUUGGUUUUUUAUGGUUCAAGUAUAGAUCUAGAAACAACCACAUCUCGUGGCUGGAUUGGUGUAAUUUUGAUUUGAUGUAG